GACAACUGCAAUCAGGUGGGGGCCUGGAUCUCUCUGAGCCUGAGCUUCCUGCGUGGACAGCAAGAGCUGAGCUCUCUCCGGGCCUCGUUUUGUGACCCAGCGGGAUGAGCCACGAGCCGGCAGGCAGCAACCCCUCGUCAGGGGUCUCGCCCCCCUGCCAGCUGAGCACCGUCAGCCGGGAGAACCUGGAGCUCCUCCUGGAGGAAGGGCUGGCCAGCCCCGAGCCCUUGAGUCUGGAGGAGGUCUCGGGGAGGUGUGAGUCCAGCUGCCUGCUGUCCACUGCUUCGGUCCCAGAGCAGGACACCCUGAAACCCUGGAAGCAGCUGGAGCGGUGGGUGGCCGAACUGCAGGCAGAGGUGGCGUCCCUGCGGGGACACAAGACCCGCUGCGAGCAUGCCACGCUGAGCCUGCUGCGGGAGCUGCUGCAGGUGCGGGCCUGCCUGCAGCUUCAGGACUCGGAGCUGGAGAGGCUGCAGCAGGCGGCUCAGGCCCCUGAAAAGGAGGCCCUCCAGUUCUCCAGCCUGCAGAACCAGAACCAGAUGCAGGCCCUGGACAAGAGGCUGGUGGAGGUCCGGGAGGCCCUGACCCAGAUCAGGAGGAAGCAGGCGCUCCAGGACUCUGAGCGGAAGGGUACCGAGCAGGAGGCCAGCCUCAGGUUGUCUCAGCUGACCGAGAAGCUGAAGCAGGAGGAACGGGACCGGGAGGUGGCCUGCGAGGCCCUGCAGAAGAGCCAGGAGGAGGCCAGCCAGAGAGUGGACCAUGAGGUGGCCAGGAUGCAGGCCCAGAUGACUAAGCUCGGGGAGGAGAUGAGCCUCCGCUUCCUCAAGAGGGAGGCCAAGCUAUGUGGCUUCCUGCAGAAGAGCUUCCUUGCCCUGGAGAAGAGGAUGAAGGCCUCAGAGAGCGCGCGGCUGAGGGCGGAGAGCAGCCUGCGGGAGGAGCUGGAGAGCAGGUGGCAGCAGCUCAAGGAGCUGGACACAGAGCACAUGCGGGCCCUGCGGGGGCAGUGCCAGGAAGAGUGCCACCUCCUGGAGCAGUGCCGGGGCCUGGACAAGGCUGUGGUCCAGCUGACCGAGUUCGUGCAGCAGAACCAGGUGUCACUGAACCGCGUCCUGCUGGCCGAGCAGAAGGCCUGGGAUGCCAAGGGGCAGUUGGAGGACAGCCGGGCCGGGGAGCUGGCCACCUACCUGCAGGAGAGCCUGGAGGCCAUGCAGCUGGCCGGCGAGCUGGCCCAGCAGGAGAUGCACAGUGCCCUGGAGCUGCUCCAGGAGAAGAGCCAGGCCCUGGAGGUGUCCAUGGCUGAGCUGGUGAGGCAGGUGAAGGACAUGAGUGACCACUUUCUGGCCCUGAGCUGGAGGCUGGACCUGCAGGAGCAGACGCUGAGCCUGAGGCUGCGUGAGGCACAGGGUGAGUGGGAGGUCGCAGAGCAGCGAUGGCAGGAAGGCCUGGCGCGGUGUCGAGAGGAAGCCGAGGCGCACCUGCGGGAGGUGCAGGAAAGAGUGGUCAGCCUGCCCCAGCAGAUGGAGGCUGUCGCCAACAAGUGCGUCCUUCACAAGAGCGACUCAGACUUCAAGAUCUCCUCUGAGGUCAAAGCCAGAGAGUUCGAGGUUGAGGCCGUGAGGCAGGAGCUGGCCACUCUCCUGUCCUCCGUGCAGCUGCUCAGAGAGGACAACCCUGGGCGGAAGAUCGCCGAGAUCCAGGGCAAGCUGGCCACGUUUCAGAACCAGAUGAUGAAAUUAGAAAACAGCAUCCAGGACAACAAGAUCAUCCAGAAUCUCAAGUUUAAUACGGAAACCAAGCUGCGCACAGAGGAGAUGGCCACCCUGCGGGCGAGCAUGAUGCGUCUCUGGAGCGAGGAGGGCCCCUGGGCCCUGACGCUGGGCAGCAGGAGGGUCCUCAUGUCCCUGGUGAGGCAGCAGUUCUUUGUCAAGGACGUGGCCCCCGACGAGGUGGUCCCUGUGAACCGCUGGGGCGUGUAUCAGGCCUUGAGGUGGCUGCAGUGGAAGGCGGUCCUCAUGAACCUGGCAGCCCGGCGGAGGCCGAGCCUGGUCUUGGAGAAGUCCUUUGGCCAGAAGCCUACCCACCGGCUCUCAUCCCUGCCCCUUUCCCAGAAAUAAAGGUGCCCGCCCCACGCCUCGGAGUCUGCGAUUCCCUCCCCGGGGGGUCAGGAGGUCCCGGGCAGGGGAGUGGCCAAGAAGGCCUUCCCUAGACUCCCAGAACCCCUGCUCCUGCUCAAGCCGCCAAACCCCAGGCCCCACUGCUCCCCAGGGCCUCCUGCCCAAGGGCACAGUGGCCUGAGCCCCCACACGGAGCCAGCAGCGCGUUGGUUCAGGCAUUCAGACGGCACCCCCCCACCAUGGUGACCAGCCCUGCCACCUGCUGCGGGUACCACCAGCAGGGGCCCCCUGGGGCCAGGUGGGCGGGCAGUGUGGAGGACUGCCCUUCGCCACUGACUGGAACCUUGGGGGCUGGUCUGGGGGGGAAUGGGGCUCACCCAGAGGGAGACCUGGCGUGUAGACCUCCUGAGCCCACCGCCUCUGAGGGGCCGCAGCUCCGUCUUCCCUCCUGUGGGCAGAGCUCCUGGGUGGCCCCUGCCCAUUCCCUGCCCUGGCCUGGGAAGUCCCCACCUGAGCUGGUUUGUCCCCUGGUGGCUGCCCUGGUUGGAGGUCCCCGAGGGCUCCUUUCAGGAUGGCAGUAAGGAGAGCCCAGACCUCUGUUGCCCUCAGCUCGCCCCACUGACCCUUGCGCGAUGACUAGGCCUCGGCCAGCUGCACCCCCUCCAGGGCCUGGGCCCCCCCGCUCAGCAGCUCGGGGCCGGCCUCUGCCGACCAGCUGGCCAGCAGGUCGCUGAAGUCAGGCGUACCGGGGUGCAGCAGGCCCAAGGGGCUGGGUGCCGGCUCCUUCCAGAAGGAGGGGGGGAGCUUCCUCUGGGUCAUGGGGGUGAUGUGGCCGUACUUCUGCUCCAGCCUGAGUUGGCGGCUGGCUGCUACCCUGGGCCCUGAGUACUGCCGCAGCCCGUAGUCAAAGAGCUCAGCCAGGGGCCCCAAUGGCUGCGGCCCGUCCCCACCAAGGCCUGGACCACACGCCUGCCCCUCAGGGCCCCCAGGAGAGCAGACCCUGGGCUCAGUGGCCUCGUUGUCUUCUGGGGGGGCACUCUGGACCAGGCACACCAGAUCGGCGCAGGAGAGCUCCUUGGCAGAGCUGCUGGCCAGGUGGCCGUCAGCG